AUGGCAGAGGCAGGCGAACCUUUGCUUCCCGCGUCGGAGAAGGAGAAAGGGGCCAAGGAGGCCAAAGAUGUCUCCGGCGGAGUGCUCCACUCACAUCUGCCCCUGGAUGUCCGAAAGCAAUGGUAUGCCAUUGCCCUGAGUAAGGAUCUUCCGAAGGCCAAGCCUGGUCAAGUCGGUGCGGCUGCGGCGGCCCCAAUGUCUACAUCGCUGCUGGGAGAUCCGCUGGUGCUUUGGAGGGAUCUGGAGGGGAAGGCUUUCUGCGUGGCGGACAAGUGCCCACAUCGCUCGGCGCCGCUAUCACUUGGGAAGGUGAACGGGGACACGGGGCACAUGGAGUGCAUCUAUCACGGCUGGCAGAUUGAUGGAUUGUCCGGGCGAGUCGUGGAAAUCCCGGCCAUCAUGGAAGACAAGACCAUCCCUUCCAACGCGAAGGUGCGAGUCUACGCGCUCUAUGAGCAGGAUGGCGUUGUGUAUGUUUGGGCGGGUGAUGCCGAGGAUGCUGUAGGAGCAGCGAGCCCUCCAAGGGACACAAGUGACUCUGGAAUGCCAUUAGCUGACUCCAGCAGUGGCUUUGUGAUGUCGGCUAUGUGUGUGGACUUGCCCAUCGACCAUGCGCUCAUGGUCGAAAACUUGUUGGACCCUGCGCACAUUCCGUUUGCCCACGAGGGCACCAUUGGUAGCCGCAAGAAGAUUGAGCGCCUUCAGAUGACAGUGACGAAAACUACCAAUGGGCUUCGCGGCUCUGUGAAAGAAGGAUACUACAAUGGCUUCGAAGCUCCUUGCAAUAUCAUCCUGCACACACCGCCAGUUCCUGGAAAGAUGGAUAUGUAUCAGUACGUGGCGUGCACUCCGACGGCACCCGGUCAAAUGCGAAUGGUCUACCGUGCUUAUCGCAACUUUGCCAAGUGGGCGGAGAAGAUCCCACCGAUCCGGCGAAUCUUCGAAGACAUGAGCAAGAAGAUCAUCUUCCAGGAUUACCAGCUUCUCCUCGGGCAGCAGCUGCGCCUUCGCGAGGGCGCGCUCCCAUGGAACAGCACCAUUCAAGUGGACUGUCUGCCUUUAGCCUACCGGCGAUAUUGGCAGCGAACGUAUGGAAAGCGCAGUGAGGGACCCUGGUGGCGUGGAUGGGAUGGGAAGCUGGAGGUGGAAGAUCUGGACAGACUUGGCUCUUGGGACAAAGAGUUCGACUGCAAUGGCUGCGCGGUGCCCAAGAAGCCACAUCAUCCUCAGAAUGUUCUCGAAAUCCCUGGUGCAGCCGGACAGCCACUUCGGCCAGCGGGCCCUGCGCCAUGGUGGAAGUUGUGGGCGCCUCCACUUGCUGCUGCGCUCCUCGCGGCAAUCCUCACGCGCAAGGCAACUUCUUAG